AUGUCUCCCUCCUCAGGGCUGAAGACAAUUGUUGGAGCUUUGGUACAGUCCGUGAAGAAGCUCUCUGAUGUCAUGAUUCUCACCGUCUUCUGUCUGAGUGUUUUUGCACUAGUUGGCCUUCAGUUGUUCAUGGGGAACCUUCGGCAAAAAUGUGUCAGGUGGCCGCCCCCUAUAAAUGAUACUUUGCAAGAGGACUUCUUUGGAAUGGACAAUGACACGUUCGCUAACUCAACUCUCUACGGCAACACAACUGGGUUGAGUAAUGGGACUUUUGACUGGGAUUCUUACAUCAACGAUGAAGGGAAUUUCUACUUUCUGGAGGGCUCGCUGGAUGCUCUGCUCUGCGGGAACAGCAGCGACGCCGGGAAGUGCCCUGAAGGAUACAUGUGUAUGAAAGCAGGAAGGAAUCCGAACUAUGGCUAUACCAGCUAUGACACUUUUAGCUGGGCUUUCCUUUCCCUCUUCCGCCUCAUGACUCAGGACUUUUGGGAGAAUCUCUUCCAGCUGACCCUCCGUGCCGCUGGGAAAACGUACAUGAUCUUCUUUGUGGUGAUCAUAUUCCUUGGUUCCUUCUACCUCAUCAACCUGAUCCUGGCUGUUGUAGCGAUGGCCUACGCCGAGCAAAACGAUGCUACCAUGCUGGAGGAGCAGCAGAGAGAGGAGGAGUUUCAGCAGCUCCUGGAGCAGCUGAAGAAGCAUCAGGAGGAACAAGAGAAACUG